AUGUUGUGGUGGCUUAUCGCUGUGAGUGUCAUCGUGGCGCUUUUGAUACUAUUAUUGAGCUUUUACAUUGUCUGCGUGUUAUCGGAAGAAGAGGAGAAGGAUAAUUCAUCGUUGUGCAAAUAUGUAAUCGUCCUAUCCGUUGCCUUAUCAUUCUAUAAUGUGCUCCUUUUACCAUUUCAGGCUGCUUUCUUGAAGGAGUAUCCAGAUAUUGACGUAUCGUGGACAUAUGAAGUUGCUCUUAUAGCCUCCGCCUUGCUAGCAUUUGUUAUAAUACCAUUUGCUUUGAUUCACUAUGAAACUUGGAAUCCUAACAAUCCUGUCUCAUCGACACAUCAGCUCAAUAUGGCUAUUAUAGGAACAAUGAUAAUUAUUACGUUUCUUUCCGGUCUAUUUUGUAUCCUUUGGAUAGCGGAGGGUACUAAAACAAGCACCAAUGGGGCCAGCGAUGAGACAGAUGGGAAGGGUGGUUCUUCAACUGUAGGCGCAUCACGUAGUUCAUUCUUUUCUUUCUUUGUUGCUCUCAAUAUUUCAAUUGGUUGGUUCUUUUUGGCCCUUUUUGGUGGUGUAGGUUUGAUAGGGGCUCCAUUGUAUAGUUUACAGGCCUUUUCAAAGCGUCCGCGCCGGAUCACUGUCGAAGCGUACGAGGCCAAACGCAUUAAGAUGUGUCUUGAGUCAGUGAACUUGUUAGAAAUAGGUCGAAGGCUAGAUUAUGAAUCAAGAGGGCGCGGAUGGCUGCACCGUCAGCGCUUACUGUCUUUCAAACGGCGUGUUUAUGAGCUGGAACGUGAGUUCCGCUACACAGAACAGUGCUUUAAUAUUGGAAAUGCUUCUAUUCUGAAGCAGUGCAUAGUGUUGACUAUCUCCUGCUUCGCGUGUAUUUUGAGUAUCGCGUGGCUUCUGCAUAUCAUCUUUUAUGACUUAAAAUACGUUCAUUCGUAUCUCAACGAUGUGUUUGCAUUUCUAGACCAAUUAUUCCCCAUGAUAGGUAUCCUUUUGUAUGCGGCUAUGACCUUCUACCUGAUGUGGUGUGCUCUCGUUGGAUGUUGGAUGGUAGGUGGUAACCUUCUCUUGUUUAUUGUGUUUCCAUUAGAAAAAAAAGCCACCAUGCUCAAUGCUCUGAUGUUAAAUACGGUGUUGUUACUCCUGGCUUCCAUAGCCGUGGUACAGUUGUGUGUUGCCAGCUUUGAUUGUUAUGCAGCAAACACAAGCAUGAGACAAGUCUUUCAACAUGAUGUGGGUCAACUGUGGGGUGUUAGAGAGGUCACUGUAUAUUCACCGUACGCCUUAGUUGUUGUGUCAACGUUUUCACUUUUGGGUUUUUUAAUUUGCCCUAAACAUCAGGUGGAUGAUUUUGACAACGACGAAGAGUUUUUCUUAUAG